ACGGAUUAGUGAAAAGAGUAGGAAAAGUGAUUCAUGGUGACCUUGAACAGUUUCACCCGAUUGGAUAAAUGUUCAGCUUUAUAUAACGCUUCACGCAACACCGUCUUAUAUUAGCUUAACUCACCGGCGAACGUCAAACUACGUGUACGUACACUGUACAGUUUUAAUAGUGUGGUUGAACGAGAAACAAGUGUUUAGUUUUGGUUAAUAUUGUUUCUGUUUCGAAGUAUAUUAAUUAUUCGUGUGUAUUUUUUUCGAUUAAUUUGUUCAUCAUGAAAGCAUUUAAUUGCUUUUUUAUAAUAUGUGGCGUUAUAGUGUCGUCGGAUUUAGUUUUCGGUGUUGCAAUCGAAAUUCGAAAAGUGGUGCCAGAGAAAAAUGGAGUCGUUGCAGCUGCUCCAUCUGAAGGAGCCAUUACGGAUGAUCUCUUGAAAAAAGCUGGAGAAAGUAUUGCUAAGAUUCAAGAAUCCUUGAUCCGUGAAAUUAAUAAUCAAGCUAACGAAGAGUCGCUCAUUCAAAAUCUGCAAAACAAAACGACCAAACAGUUAAAGAAACCGGAUAUUCGCAGUAAAGAUAACAAAGUACAGUUGGACGUAUCCAAUAAUCUAGAUCGUCCAGAAUCCAUUUCCAAAAUCAACUCAGCCCAGCCUAUCGACUCAGAAGGCAGUCACUCUCAAGGCGAAGCUCUAGUCACCAGUUACUGGCAACCUGCAACCAGGGACUUAAGCAAAGAUACUCUAAUCAACGAUCGUAUUUCACAACAACAAGCAUCAGCCGGUAUUGUAAAAAUUGAUCCAGAUGCAGAGUUCAUUGACCCCAAGAACCAUAAAGGUCAUAUCGCCCAAGACACUCGUACAACUUUCAAAUACAACAGUCGACCAUCUUCUUCCAAUGCUGAUCGCGAUGUUGAAGAAGUUGGAUCUGAUAAUUCUCUAGAAACAGAUCAAGCCCCAGCUGCUGACUUGACCGGAGAUAUUUUAGUAAACGAACAUAUGGCUGAAAGGCUAGCAUCCGGAUCGAUAAAAGCUGAUCCGGAUACCGAAUUCAUUGAUCCUAAACAACACGAAGGGCACAUGGUCCGCGAACGAACUCGACUAAAUGUAAAACACAGCGAGCCUUCGGGCAUUUUAUCGAGAUUUGGACCCAAUCGUGAUCGUGAUGUUGAAGAAAGCGGCACCGAUGGUACAAAUUCUUUCGAUCAAAAACCAGUCAGCUUAGAGCAGGAUUCAAAUACUGAUCAAUCUUCUAUAGGCAUUGAUCUAAGUAGAGAUAUCUUGGUAAACGAACAUGCUGCUAAGCAAAGAGCUGCUGGAUUAGUGAAUACUGAUCCCGAUGUAGAGAUCAUCUCCUUAGACAGGCCUAGCAGCAGCAGUAAAAAUUACAACAAUUAUUACUACGUUCCCGAUACCAUACAACAAGUUCCUGUUUCCGAUUUAACCAGAGAUGCGUCCGUUAGUGUAGAAACUUUCGAUGAACAACAACCUCCCUAUGGUGAAAUGAUCGAACCAUAUUCUGAAUACACGAAUCAGAUAAGGAAUCGCAGACCUAUUCAGAAUUCUUAUUUAAGAAACGCUGAUCGAUUUCAGAGGACACCUCAACAUGAUUUGAGUCAAGAUACAGCCAUCAACGAUCACAUUUCUCAACAACAAUCUGCCUCCGGAUUGGUAAUGAUUGAUCCUGAUGCGGAAUUAAUCAAUACGGAUGCCAAUCAUCAAAAUAACGUGUAUUAUUAUUACUCUUAUGUUCCUAAUAAUAUUGAUCAAGCACCCAGAUUGAAACGUACCGAACCAGUGUAUCAGUUUUAUCAAAGACCGGUUAUUAGAUACCAAUACCCUCAACAGCCUAUCAUAUAUUAUUAACGAAUUUAAAAACUUUCAAAUUACUUACCUGGUCUCAAGCCCAAAGUAAAUUGAUUCCAAAUUCUAGGUAUUCGUGGCAAGUCCAAACUUUUGAUCACUUUAUUGAUAAAUUCAAUAACAAAAAAUAUAUUAUUUGUACCUGAAAAAAGAAGAUAUACCUACCUAUAAAAGUAUCACUUCAAGUGGGAGCUAAUACCUACCUACUGGUUGAAAACUAAUGAUAUUAUUAGAGACUGAAAAUUAUUAGUAUUGAUUUUGUGAUUUUUCCUCAUUCGGUGAAAUUUGAUUUUUUUUUGUAUAGGUACCUAUAUGUACUUAGGUAUUUUCAUUUCAUUUAUACAUUUUUGUAAUUUAUUCGUAAAUUGUAAAUAGGUAUUUAUCAAUUUAUGUAUUAUCUAAGUAUAGAAUCUCAUGCUUGCUUGGAGUGUUUAUGUAAACCCUAUGGGUUAAGUAUUCUGUUUCUAUGUUGUUGUUUAUUUAUAUUUUACAUUUUGUUUUUAUUUAUUUUCUAUUGUGUACCUAUUUAUCAUUUUGUAAUAAAAUUCGAGGGGUGAAAUUCGA